AUGACCAGCUCCGUAAAGGCGACGAAGUCGUUUAUCUCACAAUUGUCUAGUUCUGCAUGCCCCGUAGUGUUGCUUAAGAGGUAUUUAGCUAUGUUUAAGAUACCCCCUGAUUCCAAAGAUUUUAUUUUCAAGCCCAUUUCUAAAGGGAAGGGCUCUUAUAAGCUUGUUGCCCCUGAUAAGCCAAUUAGUUACUCUACUACUAGAGGGACUUUUCGCCGGGACUUGCAAAGUCUCGGAGUUGAACCGUCCAAGUUUGGUUUGCAUUCCCUACGAUCUGGAGGAGCCACUGUGGAAGCGAAUAAUGGAGUAAAGCCAAAGGUA